AUGCCUUCUGUAGCCUUGUCGCAACGAAAAGUUGUCCCCAAAUUGCGAGCAGAUGCAUUUUCACCCCCACGAUUCGUGAUUCUUAGUCCGCAAGCUCCUGGCAAAAGAACUCAAUUUGAGCUUUUUGCAGCAUCAGUGACAAAUUUGCAUUAUGGCAAAGAGCUCAUCACCGACAUCAUUCUCUCUCACCACGCUAUUUUGGCAAGGGAAACCGAGAUUGGGUUUAUAAUGUUUGUUUGUGUGUACCUAAAGAAUCAUUAUCAUCAAGGAAACCUCGCAGCGAGAUGA